AUGGAACGUGACACAAUAGCGCUGUGGCAGCCACCCCAGGAGCGGCGGCCCAACCGGAGGGACAGCUUCUCACUUAGCGAAGAGGACUUCCGGGCAUCCACGGGCUUGGAUCGGGUCCCGCGUAUUAUCGUGCGCAUGCUGACCAGCGUGGGGAUGCUGCUGCUGUCUGCGGUGAUCGUGGUGUGCAUCCACAUGUACGCGCGCACAUUAGCACCUGGCAAGGAGUACGUUCCCCCCAUGGAGGGAGAGCUGCACCGGCCUGACCCGCGCAGCCUCGACAUUACGCUGGGCCCACCCGACACAGAUACUCCGGUGCCUCACAAGGUGACACAAGCGCGCGACGGAUCCGUGGAGGUGACAGAGUCCCACACAUCUUCGGAGGCACAUAGCACUCCUCCAACACUGAAGAAUACCAAAGCGCAUGACAUGAGCACAGUCAGUUUGAGGCAGAAAGCGCCGCCGACGGUGACGCGGAGAAUAACUGCAGCACGAGUUACCGCACGGAAUCUGUCACCACUCGUGAACACGGCGCCUCCAGUCAAGCAGGACAAAUGGAGACCACUCGCCUCCGUCAACGAUUUUCCGGCCUUGCCUACCGACGGCGCCAAGGACGACCUCACCUGCUCCGUCGUCCACAAGUCCUUCUGCAGCAAUGCCAGCGUGUCGCCGACGGCACAGUUCUUCUACGAUCCGGACGAGAAGUUGUGCCUGUCGGCGACGGUACACCAGGCCCACGUCUGCAACCGGAGCCCGAACCAGUUUGCCUCCCGGCAGGACUGCGAGGCAGCCUGCGUCAAAAGCGAGUCGGCACCCGAGCCUCGGUGCUCUGAGCGUCCACGAUUCGUAGCAUGCGCGGCUGCAGACGUCCGUGAUCCAUGGUGGUUCCACGAUGGCCACAAAUGCGCGCCUUGGUCCUUCACAGCUGGCAGGUGCCCCGUGGCUUCGGCUCCCGUCUUCAGCACCGCCGUCGAGUGCAGCGCGCAGUGCGGCGACGUCGAGCAUCGCCGGUUGCGGGGCUGCCUGUUUCCCGAUUCGCAGACGUGCACGCCCCGGCAGCUUCGGCGACCGUUCUUCGCGGUGCCCAAGGGCGAAGACAGCGGAGCGUUCGAGUGUCACAAGGUGGAGCCGCUCCUUCUCGUCCGCCACCGCUGCUUGCUCGGCCCCAAUGGUUUCACCAGCUGGGAAGAGUGCGACGAGGCGUGCCAUCAGCGCACGCGGCGGCGUUGA